AUGGCACGAAGGCCAGCCAGCAGCAGGCUUUCCAAGCCCCCACAAUGGUACCCUCUAUGGUCAUUGAAAAUGACAAGCAUCAACGACACAAGUAAUCAAACAACUACAAAGAAGAAAAAGGGGCCAAAGGCCAUAUGGACUGGAGCAGAUUUGAAGAAACUCAUGGAUAUUGCUGUAGAGCAUCGAGGGCUUCUUGGAGAGGGGGGGAAUUUUAAACCCCAGUUCUACACUGCUGCUGAAGAUGUGUUAGGGCCUAUGACAACAAGAGGAGCCAAGUGGUUCAGUAAGGAGCUUACUUGUGCCGGAGACUUGUUAGAUACGCCUGGGCUCAGUUUUAGCGUUGAAGCGGGCUUGAAGAUCACAAAUGCGAACCAACAUGUCUGGGAUACGCUUCUCAAGAGUAAAAACAAAGAGACGACAAAGGCAAUUAUCAUCCAUUUAGCUGCAGAUGGAUGUAAAUGGUAUGAUAAGAUUGCAGGAAUUUUACCCAGCCAGGUGAAAGGAACUCAAGUGUUUCGAGCCUCACAAGCACAGUCUAAUAAGGCACCCACCACAUUGCUGAGGAAGGAGGCUACAGUUUUGGAUGGAGAGAUAGAAAACAAUGACAACAACAAUGACAAGGAGGAGGAGGAGGAGGAUCAUGGCGGCAAGGGCAUGGCUGUGGAUGGGCGGAAGAGUGCCAGCAAUUCUGGUACCUACCUGGAUACAAGUAGUGCCCAAUCCAAACCUAUCAGCACGUCUAUGAGUGUUACAUUGUCUGGGAAACAAAAAUACUCAGCCGUCAAAUCCAUCUCUGUAGUCUCAGCCACUCCCAGCAAAACCCCGUGCUCAUCAGAUGCUGCUGCCAUUAAUGGCUUGAAAGAACAAGUCCAGCGGAUGGUGGACAAUCAGGGCAAGCAUGAUGAAAAACGUUACAAGUACAAAGAUUGA